GGAAGUAGCGCUUCUCCUCCCGCAAGCUGCUGCAGGACCAGCAGGAACAGCCUUGAACCGGUUUCAUGCCGGCUGCGAAAAGCGGACUGAUGCACAAUGCGCAUUGUCGAUGCGGAGCUUCCCUCUGCACAUGCACGGCGCAGAGGCCAGCUCGGACAGAGCAGCGUCCGCGGACGGGCGGUCGUGGUUGGAGUCAUUAGAGAAGAAUCGAUCCUGUGAGGAGGGGUUUUAACACGAAGUUCCUGUAGGGCUCUGCUGCUCCUGGUGCUGCUCCUGUUGCUCCUGGUGCUGCUGCUCCUGGUGCUGCUGCUCCUGCUGCUGCCGAGGCACAGGAAGCCCUGCUCUGUCAACGCUGCAGCGGCCGUAUCAUCACCAUGGCUCCUUCUACUAAGGUGCUGGACGGAGGCUGGGGAUGGGCUAUUGUUGUGGCCUCUUUCAUGGCCCAGCUCCUGGCCUACGGAUCACCGCAGUCUGUGGGCGUUCUCUACCCCGAGUGGCUUCAUGCCUUCCAGGAGGGCAAGGGCACGACGGCCUGGGUGGGCUCCCUUGUGGCUGGAGUGGGACUCGUAGCCAGUCCGGUCUGCAGUGCCUGUGUGGACAACUUUGGGGCCCGUCCCGUGACAAUCUUCAGUGGUGUCAUGGUGGCAGGUGGCCUGAUGCUCAGUGCAUUUGCUCCCAAUGUGCAGUUCCUCAUUUUUUCCUAUGGGAUUGUGGUUGGCCUGGGUUGUGGUCUGGUGUACGCAGCCACUUUGACAAUCACCUGCCAGUAUUUUGACAAGAGACGCGGCCUUGCCUUGGGCAUCGUCACCACAGGCACAAGUGUUGGAGCGUUCAUCUACGCCACCGCUCAGAAUGAGCUGAUUGUGUUGUAUGGCCUGAAUGGCUGCCUGCUAAUCAUCGGUGCUUUGGCACUGAACAUCAUGGCCUGCGCCGGCUUCAUGAGGCCCCUUUACAUGCCACGGUACUACCUCAAACAGAAGGCCGCCCUGGAGCGCGACACAGAGGAGCAGCUCUUUGAGAAGCCGCAGACGAAUGAGCUGAAUACAACAACAGGCUCCACCUCAACCAGUCCAGAGAAAACUCUGACGGCGAAGGAGUUGCUCAUCACCAUCCACACCAAGGACUUGGCCAUUCAGACAGAGAAGCAGAAAGGGAGCUUCCUGUCUGGGUUGGCCAUCAUGAAAGUCAUCAAGAAGAAGCAGCAGGCUUACUCCAGGUACAUGCACUCCAUGUAUGAGAUCCUGCAGGACCAAGCCAUGGUGGCAUUCUGUUUUGCUGUAUUCCUGUUCAGCCUGGGGGCGUUCCCUCCUGUGCUCUUUAUAGAGGACGUGGCCCAGAGUGAGGGGCUCAUUGAAGGAGUCAGUGUCAUCCCUUUGGUAUCAAUAGGGGCCAUCGCCACUUGUGUGGGUAAACUCGUGCUUGGUAUCCUGGUGGACAUCAGAUGGAUCAACAGCAUCUAUCUGUACGCCUUCACCAUGUUCGCAGGAGGUGUGGUGCUCCUCCUUCUCCCUAUCACCAAGACCUACAUGGGACUGCAGAUCCUGUCUGCUCUGCUGGGCUUCUUCUCUGGAAACUGGUCCCUCACCUCCUACAUCACCACUAAGAUUGUCGGCUUGGACAGACUAACCCAGGCCCACGGAAUCCUCAUGUUCUUCGGGGGGCUUGGGAUCAUGCUCGGACCCCCUAUUGUAGGCUGGUUCUUUGACUGGACACAGUCGUAUGAUUUGGCGUUCUACUUCAGUGGGAGCUGUGUUCUGCUGGGAGGAUUCAUUCUCUCUGUGCUUACCCUUCCCUGCUGGAACAGGAAGCCCUCUGAGAACCACAGACCAGAAGUCAAUUACACCAGCAACUGUGACAAAGUUGCCUCCGUAGCCUGAAUAUGACCACCUUCCAUAAGGACUGAAAUCUUACCCCUACUGCCAAGCAAUUGUCCAAUGAUAAACUGAACCUAAACCACCUGUAGCAUAACGUCUCUCUCAGUGAGUACACAGGGGGUUCCCUCUUUGCCUGCAUUUCUCAGGUUCAAACCAUUUACUGCAAAUCUUUACCAACCACAAAAAGAGAGCUAGUUUUAUUUUCACCCUCUGAGUCUGUGCGUGUGUGUCAUCAUGGCAAAAUGUGGUCCUGGAGACACAAACUGUAGCGGGAACUUUGGUAGUGGUGGUUAUAUGUCUGUGGACACAUUUUGUCAUUACAGUAGCAUCACAACCACACACACACACACACACACACACACACACACACACACACACACACACACACACACAGACCUGCACAGGUGUAGUUGAGAUCAAAAUGAAGGCUGGGUGGUUGUGGACAGACCCAUGACUCCUCAGUAGUCAUGUAAUAAUAACUACUGUGUACUCAUGAGUCUGCAUGUUAACAUGCUGAUAGGCGUUGCAGCUGAUGUGAUCCCCUUGCAAGAUGAUCUCUCGUUUCAGAGGUUUGACUCUGGUGCCUGCGUUGAUACCGUUCCUUAUUGCUUCAUUUUACGAGGCAAACCGAACAAUAUUGUUAAACUCCCAAAUUCGACACUGCAUUCAUGUGAACGGUGGUUUUCUACUCACUGCAGCGCUGAACAAAGAGACAUGGUGCCGUUCAUGGUGCUGGGAAGAAAAACACGUGUUAAUGUAACAGGGUGGCCAAUUUAACCCUGUCCGAAUAUUUUAAACCGCUCCGCAAAUGCACAAAAGAUCUCCCAGGAAUUAUGCGGGAACAAAGAAUACAGGGUUUGGAAUGAAGGAGGGAGUCUUUUCUGAUAAUCAUAAUUAUAGCAACACAGCGUUAUUUAGUAUUUUGGUUUUACUUUAUAUCUCAAUUGCACCACUAUGUAUCUUACCAAAGCAACAAUUAUAGUCAAUACCUGUCAACACAUAAUGCCUGUUGGAACAAUGCAGAAGCCUUGCUUUAAAGAUAAUUUUUGUUUUCAAGUGCAUUGACUCAAUUUAUACUGUUUUUUAAAAAUUGCUUGAGAUCCACAUACACCCUGCUGAUGGAUCAGAGAGAGACUGAGUUAUGCUGAUACACGGACUUUUGAAAACACUGAAGACGUCCUCCUACUACUGUUUCCAUCCUGGAGAGCAUGCUGAUUCUCUUUGUGGCAUGAAUAUCAUGACCUGUGGACGGUGCUUUCCAUCAUCUUGUGUACGUGUAUGUUCAUGUCUAUGUUGUGUGUACCCAUCUGGACAUGUACAUUCGCAUACGUGCACAGCUGUGGGUGUGCAUAGUUUGAUAAACUUUUGUAGCAGCACCACUUUGUAAAGUCCUCUGUGAUAGUGACUUUUAUAUGCACAGAAGUGGCCAUAGAGCUGUUGAUUAGUGUGAUGAUGAAUAAGUUGCGACACACUUUGAGAAUCACUUGAAUGCUGUUGAAUACUCUACUGCAAAUGUCUUUUUUUGAUAGUUCCAGUUUCCUUAUCUGGGACAUUAGUCUCUUCUCCUUGUUUGUAGAGGGUCCUGACCGCGUGCAGGUGAGUUCUGACUUAGAGGAGACAAGUCUGUGUGGUCGUCUCCGCUUAGCUACUCUUAUUUUUUUAUGCCAGUAUUAUAAUAUUUAUGUCUGUGUUUCUGAUUCAUAUUUUCAUUUAUAAAGUGCCAAUAAAAUGUAUUUGGAGUAAA